ACCUCACUUCGCUAAAUCAACAGAUCAAGGAAACACAAACCCGUAAUACCGUCUUUAAGCACUCGGAAAAUGGCGUCUGAGAAAUCUCGCAGAGAGAAAAUUACCGUUGAGCGAGAUGGUCACUCGGAGGACCCAAAGACAGCAAAAGGUUCAGUUGGUGCAGCGGAUCGGACGGAAGCCCAGUUCGAGUCUCUUGCUGAUAAGGUGAAAGAAAAAGAUGAAGGAAGCGGACAGGAGAAAAGGGGAGCGACACGCAAAGAAGACAAUGGGGAAAACAAGCAACUUUCUCUGGAAGAGAUAUCAAAGCUUAGACAAAAGGCACAGCAGAAUUCUGCGGAAGCUUUAAGCGGUGCCCGAGAGCGCUAUGAGAAGUCGAAAGAAAAGACGAGCCGAGGAUUAGGGGCUGCAGCUGAGUAUGCUAAAGAAAAGGGUUCUCAAGCUAAAGAUUCUGUAGCUGAAGGGGCUCAAACGACAUCUCAACGAGUGGCAGAGAAGGGCUCUCAGGCAAAAGACACUGUCCUUGAAGGAGCUCAAAAGACCGGCCAGUAUGUUGCAGAGAAGGGUUCCCAAGCAAAAGACACUGUAGUUGAAGGGGCUCAAAAAUCUUCCCAGUACAUUGCAGAGAAAGGGGCAAAGGCAAAGGAUACUGUCCUUGAAGGGGCUCAAAAAACAACACAGUAUGCGAAAGAGAAGGCGGCUGCUGCUAAAGAUGCGACUGGGAAGGUGGCACUUGAUGUGAAGGAUAGGGCUACUGUGACUGGUUGGACCGCCGCGCAAUACGCCACGGAGAAAACGGUUGAGGGGACUGAGGCAGCUGCGAAAGCCGUUCAAGGAGUGACAGAGAAAGCUGCAGAGCUCGCAUCCAAGCCUUUCAGUGCUGUUAAGCAAGCUGCUGUGACUACUGGUGAGAGCAUGGAGGAGUAUACUGCUAGAAAGAAAGAAGAAGCAGAGAGAGGAGUGGAAGCUAGAAAAGUUGCCGAAGGACAGGAGGGUUUCCAGGGAGGAGAAUCACAGGUUCAUUGGACAGGAGAAGAGGGAGGAACAGAGAAAGAAGAGCAUCAUCAAUGGCAGCAGCAAAAAGGAAGCAGUUUGCUCGGCGCCAUUGGCGAAACUAUAGUUGAGAUUGCUCAGACAACCAAAGAGCUUCUUAUUGGACCUAGCGCACAGGACAGUGCCGGCCAUGAAGCAGGCCAAAUCCAAUAUAGCAAGCGAGAACAACAUAAAAGCUGAGGAUGAAGGAAAAAGAUUUUGGUGGCCUCUCCUUCUAACCACCAAAUUUAGCAGAUAAAAAUGAUAUCUUAUAAGCUAUGUUAUAUGUUUUUGUUGAAUGGGUUCAUUGGUAUUCAUGACUUUUUUGGCUGUUUUUGAUUUGCAUUAUAUAUGUGAUUGUGAGCUGUUGAACAACUUUUGAAGCCUUCUGUUUUUCU